AAUCUAAAACCAAACCGUUUCUAUUCUUCCUUGCAACACUCUCUAAUCUCUAUUCAUAAACAAAAACAAAAACAAAAACUCCAACUUUCUUCCUUAACAGUCCACAAAAAUGGCUGCGGCCACUCUCUCCUCCGUCAGACCCAACUCUCCAUCCUCCAAUUCUCCAUUCCCCCGACCACCAUCUUCUUCACCAGCAUCAGCCACUAAUCUAAUGAACACCCACUUAAAACCCUUCAAGAACCGGCUCAGUACUGUGCCGUCUCCGAGGAGAAAAGCGGUGGUGAGAGGUAGAGCUGGUUCUCGAGCUGCUGAUGAUUCGGCUCCGUUCGAGAUGUCCGUGGAGAACGCACUUAAGCUUCUGGGUGUGUCUGAAAAUGCUUCUUUUGAUGAUAUUCUGAGAGCUAAAAAGUCAGUUCUUGGUUCUUGUAAGGAUGACCAAGAUGCCUGUGCUCAGGUUGAGGCUGCAUAUGAUAUGCUGCUCAUGCAAAGAUUAACUCAACGCCGAGCUGGGAAAGUUGUUAAUAGCGGCAUCAGAUAUGCUGAUGUUAAACCCGUAAAUGGUCCAGGAAUGGGAUCAGUACCUCAGUGGCUGCAAACGACAAUGAAAAAGACAUCUGUUUCACUGGAAACACCAUCAACAGGUGAUUUGGGAAUACAAGCAGGAGUUUAUGGAGCUAUGAUGGCCUUAACUUAUGUUAAUGGAGUUUCCUCAACAUCUGCUGCACCAUAUGCCGGGGCCGAUGUUCCUGGCUUGGUCUUGGCUACAAGUUUUGGGGCUUCCUUGUACUUCAUGACCAAAAAGAAUGUGAAGUUAGGAAAGGCGACUGUAAUAACAUUAGGAGGGCUUGUGGCUGGUGCUGUAGUUGGGUCAGCAGUCGAGAACUGGUUGCAGGUCGACAUUGUUCCGUUCCUUGGGAUACAUUCCCCAGCCGCUGUUGUCAGCGAGUUCAUUCUCUUCUCUCAACUCUUGGUUUCGCUUUACCUAAGGUAGGAUUACAAGGAGAUAGUAGUUGUAACUAAAAGCUGUAAUUAAUCACUUGCAUCAUCAUAAUUCAUACCCAACACCCUCUUUUUUUUGUUUAUUAGGAUGUGUAUCAUUGCAUAUUGUACAAAAACUACAAAUAGAUGUAAUGCAAUAAACCUAAAGAAGUAAUUGCAUUUUUAAGGGAAGUUGGUUACUGUA